AUGUCCAAAGAGGUGCCUAAUGCUUACAAUGAGGACACAGUGGCAGCCGCAGGAGAAUGGCUCGUGAGCCUGUGCGGCAGAGAUGACAGCUUUGACACCACCCGAGCCUUGACACAGCUUGAACAGGCAAAAUUCGAUGAAUUCUUCACCCUGCACGAACAUUCACCAGUUUUCAAGCCUUAUCACGUUGAAGGGGUACGAAAAUGUCUAAGAAAGAGGUGGAAGCCUGACUAUCAACUUGCGCGUUCGCUUCUAGACAAGGACGACACUGGUAAUCUCUUCGCGGAAGAGACUGAUAUCCUGCAGGUCGCCAUCCAGGUGGCUCGAAUUGAACCUGGCUGGCUUGGCAACUCCCCAAAAGAGUCAUGUCCUGAGCUCAUUGAGAUGGUGGAACUGCUGAUCAGCCAUGGCGCGUCACCCAGCUGCCUAGAUGGUGAUGGGAAUUCGGCUUUGUCCUACGCCUGCAUUCUAGGCUAUCCUGAGCUGUUUCACUUUCUUGUUUCCGCUGGGGCACUGCUCUCGACUAUGCACCCAAGAAGACUCCCUGAGCAGCUCGGGAAACCAGACGAUUCGCUAAACCAACAAGACAACAAUGUCAAUCUACUUCAGGUCACCCUUGACGCCCUCAUUUCUCCCCAACAUAUUGUCGACAUGACUUGGGUUGGCUGGCCGCCUGGAGUAAACUACGAUCGGCCAUUGUGGGAAUCUGACCUUGACAGUACUUGGGGCGGCAUCAUCCUUCAUCUUUUGAAAGCCGGGCUUUCGUAUGCCAAGGACGAUCCUGGGCUCAUCAUGCUUCUUCACAUUGCCUGUUAUGAGGGUGAACUGGGAUAUGUCGAGCAGCUUCUGGAAUUUGACGUCGUCACCAAUGUCGCAGGACCCAGGAUGGUGGAUGGCGGACAAGGGAAAGGCAGCUCAUACGGAACAGCUCUACAUGCUGCGGCCGCUAAUAAGCAGCUCUCUUCCGCCAAGCUGUUGGUGGCACACGGUGAAAGUCCACGUACGCGUGCGCCGUGCAUAUCCAGGUACGACAGAUCGACCGAAGACAUAACCCCAACUGAGAUCGCCCUGUCGAUGUCACGAUAUCAGGACGAUGAUACGGAGACACUUUUUACCUUCUUGGAGGGCCUUAUGCAGCAUGAGCAAGGGCUUGAGGAUUCAGACCAUCAGAAAAUCUUGUUGUUUUGUGCCAGACAUAACCACAUAGACUUUGUGACGAGUCUCCUUCAACGUGGGGUUCUGCCAGAAAAAGUACCCUCCAAUGUUGGGAGUGCUCAAAUGGCACAGCUCCUAAUCUCACAUGGCGCCUCUAUCGACGCUGCAGCGGUACAGAAGAAGGCCUUGAAUGCUGGCAAGUUGUCGUUGCUGCGAUGGUGUGUCGACGAGUAUGGUUCGCAGCUCGUCUCAGAUCCAGAGACUUGGGGCAACAUGGGAUAUCGCAUGCUCAAUUGCGGCCUCAUGUACUUGGAGAACAUCAAAUACCUGGCUUCGGAGUAUCCCGGAUCUCAUAUAGAUGCGGUACUUGUUGCCAAUCUAUCGCUUGGAGACGAGGAUCCAAAACCCACGCCAACCAGUUGGCUGCAUAUGGCCGCCCUCCGAGACAAUAUUUGGGCAUUGGAGAUGCUUCUCAAGGCUGGUGCUGAUCCUACAUGCCCGGGCCUUACAGUUGACGUAUCAACAGCAAUACGUCAGAGCAGGCAGUACAAGUACCGGAGUAUUCCUGAAAGACUCAAGGUGAUUCAGAUGCUGGAAAGCUACAACUGCAAGGAUGGAGAUUGGCGAUUGCCCUCCUACGAGGAACUCAAGGUCCUCCUAGCUGACACUACCGCGAAACAAAAGCUUUCCUGGGAAGAACGGUUGGAGGACCUGGUCGAGUCUCAACAGGCACUCCCUUUUGCACCAACGCAGCAGAACUCAGCAUCAGUGUCCACGGCUUCUGUGGCGGCCUCCUCGGAGUUUGCAUAUCGUCCAUUACACAACAAGAGCGCCAUCCGACUUCUGGAGUUGUUUCCCUCAGACAAUAGGGCAGAACCUCUGCUGGGUCGUCUAAUCGAGAGCGACCUCACUCUCCAGCCAGACUACGAGGCAGUAUCAUAUGUCUGGGGAGACACCAACAUCAACGACUGCAUUGAGCUGGACGAACAAGCCGUCUCUAUCACUGCUAAUCUCCACUCUGCACUUGUACAUAUUCGUGAUGCAAGCGAUGUUAGGACACUAUGGGUCGAUGCCCUCUGCAUUGAUCAGUCAACUCAUGCUGAGCGCAACCAGCAAGUGACCAUCAUGGGAGAUAUCUACAAGUCUGCCCGCCAAGUCUUGGUUUGGCUGGGUGAGGCUGCCGACGAUUCCCAUCUGGUGUUUGAAUAUCUCAAAGACGAUGCGAACAACACGUUCCCCAACUUACCAAGACCUCCAGCGCAAUACCGCCAAGCCUGGAAGGCCUUGGUCAGGCGCCCUUGGUUCUUCCGCACUUGGGUUAUUCAAGAAGUGGCUCUUAGCCGCAAAGCCAUCAUUAUGUGUGGGGAGGAGUCGGCUCCCUGGAAGGACUUAGGAUCUGGCCAUCGUGCUGAUAUCUCUGGUGGAGCUUUAGGGCUGUCCAGUGUUUCAAGCGCCCCGGGCUACAAGGCAGAUCAUCCCUUUGUAGGGUUUGAUAACGAUAGCCACGUCUGGAGACUCCGCAUGCUGAGACCUGGGAGCCACCCUGCAGAGGUUGUACAAUACAGCCGUGCAUGUCAAUCGAGCGAAGUCCGGGACAGAGUGUAUGGUCUCCUGGGCCUAUUUGAUCCUGGCUUCAUGGCUGUGGAUUAUGACUUGCCAGUCGAGGACAUAUUCCGCCAGUUCACCGAGGCUGCGAUUCGACGAACUGGAGACCUUGGCAUCUUGAAAUGGUUCGGUGUUGGACCUCUCUCCAAGUCUUUACCAUCCUGGGUCCCUGACUUCACCGACACUGUAACGGUAGGAACCCUUCCACAGCGCCGCUGGUACCAUUCUUACCAAGAUGGAGGUGAAGACGGCUAUUCCUAUCGCACAGCAGAUGGAACACGAUCCAAGGUUAGCCCCAGUGACGUUACAGGAAAUGUCCUCCCAGGACUAGCGUUCCGUCCAGAUGGCUUGCUCGCUAUCAAGGGAAAGAUUAUUGACACAAUCCGCGCCAUCGGCCCUGAGCUCUCUGCCGGCACGACGUUUGCACCUGGAACAGAAUCUUUUGCUCGUAUCAUGAAGGAAUGGGAAUCGCUGGCCGCAACUCUCACCACUGAAUGGAACACCUCACUUGCGUCAUCUGUAUCAACAGCCUUCGCAGCCACGAUAUCAGCCGCUCAACCAGUAGAGCUGCGAAGUGUUGAUGUUGGAUUCGUCCAAUGGUACCGUCACAACGGUUCAGGCGUACUCGAAGCAGCGGAUCCAGCGCUGUUCAUACGGGAGCACGAAUUCUAUCUCUGGUGGCUAGGUGUCGGAAAGGAAAAGGAACGUAAAGGUAAUUACAACUUGGGUUAUGAGUUCAGUGAGUUUGCCGACAAGAUGGAGCUUGCCUGCUACGGUCGAUGCUUCUUUACCACUGAAAAGGGAAAUAUGGGAUUAGCCGGUCCGCAAGCCCAUGUGGGCGAUCAAAUCGUCUACCUUCCUGGAGGAGAUCAGGCUUUUGUGUUGCGCCGACGGGAUGAUGGGGGAUGGACCAUGGCACACGAUUGUUACUUGCAUGGAUUGGAUCCUUACGCAUUGUUUAACGAUGAAGAACAUCUUGUGGAGGAGUUUUUGAUUCACUAG